UUGGUGAUGUCGUUUCCCUAAAGUCAUUGAGUUUGCUUCCAAGCUAACCGAUUCUUCUCCUCACACUCACUGCAUAUAUACAUAUACAUAUAUAUACAUACAUAUAUAUAUAUAUAGUCAAGUCCUUCGCCAUACCCACCGCCCGCCGCCUGCUCUACCUCUUACUUCCAUUAUUAUAUAUAUAUAUAUAUAUCUCUGUGGAGUAUAUGUGCAAUAGUGUUGGUUGUUUGGGUUGGGAAUCCCACUUGCUCAAGUUUCCAUUCCUACUUUUAAGUAGCCACUAACUACACCACAAAUUCGUUCUUGGGUGGGUUCCUGUUACAAUUACAUUUACGUUUACAAAGCUUAGUUAGCUGCAAGUCUGCAACCAAUAUUUUUUCUAGGAAUUGAAAGAGAAUGGAAGCUCGGGAGGAAGCCGUCGUCGUUGUCAACAAAGGAAAGCGGAGCAAGAGGCCACGAUCUCUGUCUCCGUUGCUGCUUCCUGUAAACAUGGCCGGCGGUGGUGGUGGAUUCAGUGACGUUUCUGGAAGUUCUGAUCCCGUGUUGACUCCGUCGUCUUGUAAUUUGGGGGAGAUUACAGAUGAGGAUCUGGAGGAAGACAUGGCCAAUUGCUUGAUCCUUUUAGCGAGGGGACAUGGGCAUUGUCCAACGACGUCGUCCCCACCGCCACUGCAGCCUGUUGAGGUUUACAGGUGCAAAACGUGCAGCAAAAGCUUCCCUUCCUUUCAAGCCCUCGGCGGUCACCGGGCCAGCCACAGGAAGCCGAUUAAGCCGCCGGCAGCCGUACUCGAGGUUGAGGAAAAGAAGCCAUUGAUUGUCGAUCAGAGUUAUAAGAAAUCAUCAGACAAUUUCCGAUCAAUCCUUGACGAAAGCACCACCACUCUUUCACUCCAAAUCUCGACCCGAUCAUCAGGCGGCGGCGGUCAAUCGAACAAGCCAAGGGUUCAUGAAUGCUCCAUCUGCGGCGCUGAAUUCGCGUCCGGCCAGGCCUUGGGCGGCCACAUGCGGCGUCACAGGCCAAUCCCGGCGGCGAGCGACGAUCAAUCGCGAGAAUCGAAGAGGCCGAAGAGUGCAUUAUCGUUGGAUCUCAAUCAACCCGCUCCGGAAGAGGAUCGCCUGGAAUCCAAACUUCCAUAUACACCAAAAGAACAAGUGAUCGUCUUCUCCGCCUCGUCUCUGGUUGACUGCCACAAUUAGCGGCUACACCUUCAACAUUAAUAUUAAUAUUAUAUUCUUGUAUGAAUUUAUUGUUUUUACCCAGUUCACCAAGACAAUUGUGAACAAUUCAUUUACAUUAUUCAUUUUUCUCAUCAUACAAUUCAUAAUUCUAUUCAUACUGUAAUACAAGAUUUGAAUGUUGUUAAUUUUGUAUGUCCAUAGUCCAUUCUUAUUAAAUUAC